GCAACAUACUGAAUCACAAAAAAAAAGUUUCGCGGGGAGUGUAGCUUACUAAGGUUCACUCGGUUUAUAACACCGCGCGUCCGCAGCACGACAGGUCACUUUAUGAACUAACUUCUCACAACUCACCUCGGACAACACACGCAUCAACGACAAACGAUAUCUGCGGGGAAUGACCGCGUGCAUGCGUGCUGCCGACACACACACGCACACACACAGACAAGACGUGAGAUAUUUUCAACACCCUACGUAUCGAACGUGAGGAUCUGACGCACUCCCUCAACCUGCUGGACUCCUCCGUCUCUCUCCUUCACUCCGCCACCGACACUAGCUACUUCACCCCUCGGUUUUGAGGCUACGGCUGUGCACCGGUUGUAAAGCAAAAGCGGUCAGCAGGGGUCACGAGGGCACCGGAGGCCCCGGUUGCCGUUCAGAGCAGCUGAAGCCGACAUGGGCAGAGAAGUCUCGAAUGGCACCGGCAGGCUCAGCCUCAUCGACCUCACCAGCUGCACCCUCCACCACUGGCUACGCACCAAGUUUUCCGCAUUCUUCUGCAUCUCCCAGUAAGUCUUUGCAAUGAGAAUGUCCGACACAGCCGACGCUGAAACGAUGAAGGUUUCCGAAGCCGCCCCCGCGACGCCGAAAGACGCCGCCGCCGACUCCGAGGUCGCCGACCAGAGCCGGAGCGCCAGAGACGACCACGGCAGCAACAACGGGGACGCGCAGCCCGUGAAGUACUCUAAGUCCAACCCCAGACUAAAGCUCGUGCGGAGCCUGGCGGUGUGCGAGGAGUCCUUCCCUUGCCCAAUCCCCGAGCCUCCAGCAGCACCUCAGGACGGAUUUCUCCUCCAGCCCUUUGAAAAGGACGAGCUAGCCGCACAGGACCACGCGGAGAAAGAGGACAGCUGCGACAAGGCGGACAAGCCUGAGAAAACGCAGAGGAAGAUGCUAUCGAGAGAUUCCAGUCAAGAUUACACCGAUUCCACUGGGAUCGAUCUUCACGAGUUCCUGGUCAACACGCUGAAGGGGAACCCCAGGGAUCGAAUCAUGCUACUGAAGUUGGAACAGGACAUCUUGGACUUCAUCAGCAAUAAUGAAAGCCAUAAGAGGAAGUUCCCACCCAUGACGUCCUACCACAGGAUGCUGCUCCACCGAGUGGCCGCCUACUUUGGCAUGGACCACAACGUGGACCCCAGUGGGAAGUCUGUGGUGAUCAACAAAACCACCAACACUAGAAUACCCGAUCAGAAAUUCUCAGAACACAUCAAGGACGACCGGGCAGACGAUUUCCAGAAACGCUACAUUCUCAAACGAGACAACUCCAGCUUUGAUCGUGAAGACAGCAUGAUUCGAAUGCGUUUGAAAGCCGACAAGAGGAGCAAAUCGAUGGAGGAGAGGGAGGAGGAGUACCAGCGAGCCAGAGAAAGGAUAUUCGCACAUGAAGGAGACCACUUCUUACUCGAUAGGAGCGCUCAGGAUGAAGGCACAUGCACGAGCACCCAACAUAGGCGGCAAAUGUUCAGGUUACGGGGCGGCCGCUCGGGUGCCAGCCGGCAGAGCAGCUCUGAGACGGACACGCUGCCGCGGCACGGCGAGUCGCGGCCGUGGAGCAGCACCGACAGCUCGGACAGCUCCAACCGGCUCGCCCCGCGGCCCGCCAUCACCAAGGCCAGCAGCUUCAGCGGCAUCUCCCCGGGCCUGGUGCGGGGGGACAGCACGGCCAGCAGCAAGAGCACCGGGAGGCUCUCCAAGACAGGCUCAGAGUCGUGCAGUAGCGUCGGCUCCUCGUCCAGCUCGCUGUCCCGCCCCCAGCUGCCCCUCCCGGUCUCGGCGCCAUCCUGGUCCGGCAUCCCCAGCGCGCCGCCGGUCCGCCCGGCCGCCGACGCCAGGGGCUCCGCGCACCCCGAGAUGAUCAAGAGCGUCCAGCCGCGGCCCCAGUCGGCCGCGGACGCCCCCAGCUACUACGUGUUGCCACUGGAGGCCUCGGGGAUCCCGCCCGGCAGCGUCCUGGUCAACCCGCACACGGGCAAGCCUUUCAUGCACCCCGACGGCAGCGCCGUAGUGUAUAACCCGGGCUCCGCUGCUGGCAGGAUCCAGCAGGGCAAAACCCCGCAGCAGCAGCCAAUCCCAGCCGCAACGCAGCAGCAGCAGCAGCAGCCGCCCAAUCACCUCCACUCACAGCCAAUCUGUCCUUCUAUCCAGCUUUCCUCUGAGCCUGUUAACCACCCGACGGUCUCGUAUCCUCUUCCUCCUCUUCCUCCUCCUCAGUUCCUGCCCGUCUGUCCUAACCAACAGUACACUGUGCCCGAUGCCCUCAACGCCCAGUUCAGUCACAUGACGCUGGUGCAACAGCCAUCCAGCGACGGCAGUGCCUCAGCGGCGGCAUCAGACGGCCGGCACUAUCCCGCCGUCUACCACCACCACCAUGGCUCCCCCGUAGUCCUUCAGGGAGCGCCGCCGCCGCAGCACCACCAACAGCACCACCAACAGCACCACCAGCAGCAGCAGCCGGUCGCAGGCUACAUGUUGGCGGGGCCGUCGGGGGGGCAACACCCGGGACUGCUGCAGGGUCAGCCCGUCCCGCUCCCGACACCGGGCCCCAACCACGCUUAUCCCAGCCCCACGCCGGGGCCCGCCGCUUAUCCCAACCAGCAGCUGCUCCAACAGCACACCUACAUCCAACAGCCCGUGCAGCAGAUGCCGCCGUGUUACUGCUCGUCGGCCCACCACCCGCACUGCUCCGGCCAGCAGCAGCACUACCGGGCCCCCGUCAACCCGCUGCCCUACAACUGCCCUCAGAGCCAAAGCCUGCCCCAGCAACAAGUGCACCAAGCCAUGAUGCCCAACCCAGCGCCCAGCUACCAGGCCGUAGUGGGCAUGCAGCCGGGCUCCAGCCUGGCUCUCACCGGCAACCAGCAAAGCAAUAUGAGCAACCAGAUGCAAGGAAUGAUGGUCCAGUACCCUCCGAUGCAGUCGUAUCAGCAGGUUUCUUUGCCACAGCAGACGUACCAGCAGCCAGUGUUUGUGUCCUGUCAGCCGGGACAGGGGGCCGUGGCCAUGGCCGGCAUGCAGCCCUGCUACAGCCUGCUCCCCCCGAACCAGCACACCACCAUGAGUUCCACAGUGAGUUUCCUGCCCGCACAGAUGAUGGAGCAGCUGCAGUUCUCUCAGACCUCGUCCCCCUGUGUCUCCCAGCAGCACCCAGGCCAGCAGUAUGCCGGGUUGUUGCCCCCGGGCGGCGGUAUGGUGAUGCUGCAAAUGACGGCGCCCUCCUGUCAGCACCCCCGGGCCCCCUCCCCCUGCCAGCGGAAACAGCCCGGCCACAAGCACCCGGGGCCCGAGCACCAGCGCGGCCGCAGGCCCGCAGAGCUCCCUGCGCCUCCAGACGGCACCCAGAGCAGCCUGCCCUCGUCCCCGGCGCUCACUCCCUCGCCAGGCCACCCGCCCAGCUUCAAGGGCCUCCCAUCAGGCAUCUCGUCCAUCCCUGCCAUGGGAGGCCAGGCGCACCACCACCACCACCCGCCGCUCCCCACAGCCUUCUGCCACAGUGGACAAGGUGAAACGCACUACUCCCUCCUGGGCCAACCUCUGCAGUACAAACCCUCCAUCAGACCUCCGCUGAUCCACACCGCCCACGUCGUUGCCAAACACCAGGGUCCGCUGGGGGUUUGGCGCAGCGGAAACGGGAGGAAGGCCGGCAGAAAACCUCUGUCUUCAGAUCUCAGUGUAGGUGAAGCAGUGAGCAGUCAGAUCCUGGAAGUGACGGACCCUCCGGAGGGGAUCGGUUGCACGGACUCCCACCACCUCCUGGCGCAGCUGUGCCGAGGCGGCGGAUUGAUCCAGCGGCUGUCGGACCAUCAGCCCCGGCUGCGCGGCGUGGGCAGAGACUCUCCCGGCGGACGCCUGGCCUUGUCAUACUCCAUCUUUGCCAUGCUGCCCCCCAGACACGCCGCUCCGAGCGCCACGCUCCACCACGGCGGCCCCCGGGCCGCUUUGAAACUCCAAACCGGCGGCGGGCGCGGCGGGGAGCCGCACGGCUCCGACAAGGCCGGCGCAUAAGCUGCUAAACCUCCCGGGUGCGUCUACGGAGCGCCACGCGAACGCAUAUCCAACCACCUGCCUCCGCUGCCUCGGUCUGGGCCCCUUCGGUUCAAGUCCCAGACUCUGUCCAAAAAAAAAAAAAAAAAAACUAUCAAGUGUUUGAAGAAUGAACGUUAACGUUAACGUUGAUUUUAUUUUUAGUUAAUUUUAUCAUUUCUCUGGCAAAAGGUGCCAGAGUUUUUAUUUUUUUUCCUUUCUUUAUUUUUUUGAUGAAUGUGUCCGCUCAUGCUGAGCUGGUCGCUCUUCUAUCCCAAAAAAAAGAUCUAGUUUGCUGUUAAAAAGCGAAAGUGUUCGGAGAGCGAGAUUUCACUGUGUCUCUUUCGCUCGUGGGUGUGUGAGCGUGACGGCCCCGUAUCGAGCUAAACCCACGCUUCAUCGACUCGGUUCUGGUUCCAGGUCUUAAGGCGACGUGAAAUUGGGGCCCCGUACCGAAUCCAACUGAGCAUUCACAUCAGAGUGGUUUUGUUUAAUUUUUUAUUUAACAUUCAUCCAUAAUUCCACCAUCCGUGUCCAAGCCGCUGACUCGUGACACUGAGCGGCAUUUAUCUCCCGACUUCCAACAAUAACACGCAGCGGCACCUGUACAAUGUUGAGCCCAUACAAUAAUAAACACUGAAUAAUAGAUGUA